GAGUUGCUUCCAUCGCUAAACAACCGAACGUCCCACCAGGAACAAACCCAUCGUCAGUUUUUCAUCGAGUGAGUGUCAGUGCAAAAUGGCCAUGGCCUGGUAAUUGAAAAGUUUCUUAUCGUUGAUUGCAUAAAAAUGCUCUUUAAAUCUGCCGACUGCUAAUACCCGUAAAGUGUGUCGCCGAUUUUCGCGCUAAAUAGUCAUGAUAAUUCGCUGUGUCAAAAUUCUGCUGGCCGUGGUGCUUAGUUUGACAUUUACCAUAUCCCUGGCCAAACUGGUGCUGUGCGUGUGGAGUGAAUGGUUCCCGGAAAGUUCACCGGAUUACGAGAUCCUGUACGGUUCCAACGGGGGAACUUUUCCUCGCGGGAGGAAAGGUGGACGAACGUCUUCGUCUUUUGCUUCCUCCCCGUCCGGUCUGGUGGAUGAGUGGCUGGAACAGAACCAAUUAGGAAAGUAUGGAAAGCUCUUUCGGGAAAGAGGAAUUUCAACCCUAUCAAGUUGCGGUGAUCCGGAUCGACUACCUGAGCUACCUCCUGGGGAUGAGCAGCGCUUACAGCGAGCCGCCCUCAGCCUGCAACAGAAGCUAAUACUGCGUGAAUGGUUAAAGGAGCACCGAUUGCAGCACUUUUAUUCCCGGCUGGUCUCCAUCGAGGUAACCUCACUGGAGGAUGUCUACUGGCUCGAGGAUUCCCGCGCCAACCAGCUGCUUGGGAAGGACUGGUCACUUUGGUCGCAGGCGCGCCAAAAGCUGCCCACAUCCAAAUCGAACCUGGAAGCACUGAAGGCAGACCUGUGGUCAACGGUUGUGAAAUCCAGCCAGCACCAGGACGCUUGGACAUGGGGUGGCAUGCUGGUAGUGUCGGUCUCGGUGGCCGGUUUGGUGACACUGGCCGCCAUGACACAACCCUCGUUGGCCCCGGAAGCACGACAUUCCCUGCUUCAGUACGUGACUGGCAAGUAUCUGCUACCGGCCAACUGCAAGGUGCACUGGGACUGGCAGGAUCCGGCCAUCGUCGGAGGAACCAUGUGCUUUACGGUACGAUUUCACCAGCGAAAUGGCCACGCCUAUCCCAUCUGUGAUACGGAUCAGUUCUUCGUGGAAGUCACUGAAGGUACCAGGAAAAUCAUAACAAUCAGUGAGCUGGGAUCGCCAACCGAUCCUAACAAUGCCAACAUUGCCAAGGUCAAGUUCACCGUCCGAACAGCUGGUCAGUACAAGAUUUCAGUAUUGAUCGGAUCGAGCCACAUUGCUGGCAGUCCGUUCGUGAAAACCUUUGUUCCAGGUCCAAUGGAUGCUCGUCGGUCACGACUAAUCCGUCCGGCUAGUACGGUGGUGUGUUGCACCGGGGCACCUACAUUCCUACAUAUUGAACCACGUGACGAACAUGGAAACACGUGUCAAUUCACACCGGACUGUGAUCCCAUCAAGGGUUACAAGAUUGAAAUUUUCGAUCUCCAUGGUAACCAUAGUGAUAAGCAUUGUAACGCAAUUACCCUCUCCUACGAUAAGGUAAACUCUAGGAUUAGUCUAACUGCCCUCUUUCCGGAACCGGUUUGUCUCCGGGCAGUCAUCAGCUACGACAGCCUUCAAAUCCCGAAUGGCGAUUUCGACAUUAUUGUACUAAGUAGCAGCGAUACAACGCUGGUCCACAAAAACAUUGCUUCCAGGAAGCACAACAUUUGCUACGAAGCAAAACUUUUCGGCAUCUUUGGUCAGCAGCGGUGGUCAAAGCCACGGAAGGUACUCUGCUACGUUGGACCGAAGCAGGUCACCAUCAAGGAGAUGAUUCUCAAAAUCAUUCCCAAGCGAAUUGCUACUUUCCGGUUGUGUCCUUCUACUAAGUUCCAUUUUCUGCCACCGUCCAACAUCCAGAUGAACAACGGUCACGGUUCCAUUUUCAUCAUCGACGAUGGCUGCCAGCCAAAGAUCGAACUAGCCUCGAAGGAACGCAACGUGAUCGCGGCCACAUUUACACACUUCCUGCUGAAGAACAUUGGCGGUUCGGAGACCUUCAAGGACAAGCAGGAUUUUUUCUACCACGAAGUGAGACUCGUGCGAAAGUUUCAUUCAAACUACUACCACGAAAAAAUAUCACUCAAGGUGCAGCGGGACAGAAUCCUUGAGUCAAGUAUGAAGGCGACGAAGCACUUCUCCGUGUCCGACUGGUGCGGCAACUUCGAGGUCACCUUCCAAGGAGAGCAGGGUAUCGACUGGGGCGGCCUACGGCGGGAAUGGUUCGAGCUGGUCUGCAGCGCCCUGUUCGAUCCCCGCGGUGGUCUAUUCUGUACAUUCCAUGAUAAAAGACAAGCCCUCGUACAUCCGAAUCCGGCCCGACCGGCUCACCUCAAGCUGAAACACUUCGAGUUCGCCGGCAAGGUGGUUGGCAAGUGUUUGUACGAAAGUGCCCUCGGUGGAACAUACCGGCAGUUGGUUCGGGCACGUUUCUCCCGCUCCUUCCUAGCUCAGCUGAUUGGCCUGCGGGUCCACUACAAGUACUUCGAGCAGGACGAUCCGGAUCUGUAUUUGUCCAAGAUUAAGUACAUUCAGGACACCGAUCUGGACAGCAGUGAGAAUCUUGAGCUUUACUUUGUGGAGGAGAUUUACGAUUGUUCCGGUCAGCUGACAAAAACGAUUGAACUCAUUCCGAACGGGGCCAGAACGAGGGUUACCAAUGCGACCAAGAACCAGUAUCUGGAUGCCUUGGCACAGCAGCGACUGUGCAAUAAUGUUCGAGAGGAGAUUGAUAGCUUUCUGAAGGGGCUCAACGGGAUCAUUCCGGACAAUUUGCUGAGUAUCUUCGAUGAGAACGAGUUGGAGCUGUUACUGUGCGGCACGGGUGAAUAUUCGAUAGCUGAUUUCCGGGCCAACCACAUCAUCAAUGGAGGUUCCCCGGAGUUUCGACGAGUGCUCGGGUGGUUUUGGGCAGCUGUUGGAAAUUUUUCCCAAACCGAAAUGGCACGACUGCUACAGUUCACCACCGGAUGCUCACAGUUGCCACCGGGAGGAUUUCAGGAGCUCAAUCCGAGGUUUCAAAUUACUGCAGCUCCAACGUUUGGUAAUCUGCCAACGGCACACACGUGUUUCAACCAACUUUGCCUGCCGGACUACGAAAGCUACGAGCAGUUCGAGCGAGCUCUAAUGUUUGCCAUCAGUGAAGGGACGGAAGGGUUCGGUAUGGUAUAAUUUUAAAGCAGCGUAAACCAAAAAAGAGUCAAAAAGCACAAAAAACUAUACUGGUAUUAGUAGAAGACCAAACUGACGUCAAUUCAGUGACCUUUGAGAACAUUAGAAAACAAUUUCCGAUAUCUUUAGAACUCCGUUGUGAGAUUCAUUCCUGUAUCGUUAUGGGAUUAGUUACUAGUCGGUUAUCGUGUCAGUAUUCGACACCAUUUCCACAAACCGUAGGAUUUGUAGUUUGUAAGUUGGAAAAUAAUCAAACCGAUAUUUAAUAGAUGAUAGUCAAACGUUUGUUUCAAGGACCAAUUAAACCACAAAAGGCUUUAGGCCAGAUGUGAUAUGACUUAUCGGAAGGGAACAGCUGAGGUUCCGUAUUACUAAAAAAAACCUUUCUCGGUUGUGUUAAAAAAACGAUUUUUAUCAAACAGUUCGCUAGUAGGGUCCAUUUGAUUGUGAAUACAAUAUCAAUUACUGUUCUUUUAUCGGUGCCAAAACAUUGUACUGUUGCGUCCUUUCUAAAACGAGAGAUAUCGGACCGAAAAGUCGCAAAACGGGAAAAUUUUGUUCUACGAUUUAGUGCCAAACUUUGCCUGACACGAUUGAUUCUGAUCUGUACAUCGGGAACACCCCAAUUGUGCUGAAACCUACAAAGCAAAUAUCAACGAUCUCAUCUAGGUUUGGACAAAUGCGCCUUAAAAAAUAGAAAACUAAUAUUUGAUAACCAACCAUACCAAGAAAAGGUAUGCAAGCUACAACAAUAGGAAAAUCAAAUGGUUCAUGUGAAUCGUAAUGUAAUUGAAUCAAAAACAACCACCAUCAAGCUCACUCGAAACGUAUCAGCCAUUUGUAAUCAGUCUAGUCGUACGAAGAACCCCCAAAAAAUGCUUAGUUUCCUCCAAGAAAACAUGAAUCGAAUAACAAACAUAUUCUUCAUUCCAUAGGAAAAUUAGAUGUUUAAGAAGAUGACUUUAAUUUUCUAGACUCGUCAAACAGGACAAAUUAAACGAAAAUUACUACUAGAAUCUGACACAAGUAAAAUAAGCUCUGGUUCUGUGAUACUGAAAAUACAAAAAGAAAUAGAGUUAAUUUGUGCUGUCUCGUUUUAGCAGUUUUCAUUUCAGUUAAAUUCAACGAUAAAUUGGUAAUUAUCCACGCCAAGGGAAUCUGUAUGCGAUAGCGUUUAGCUUAUUAUAUUAAAUUACAUUAAAGAAUGGAAAUUCUUUACCAUAGGUCCUCGGCAAACGCAUAUCGUGUUGUCAAAAUGGGCACUUUUAGGCGCCAGAAAAAUAGGAAUAGAAGUCAUAGUAGCCCAUCCUAAGGUCCAAGCCGACGCAUCGUCGCACACGUGUCGAACUAGUGAAAAAAAAGCUUUGCCAUUCGUGCCAUAAAUAAGCGUUCGCGUUACGUUCAAUGUAAACAUUUAUAGCAUGCAGAAACUCGAGAGGUAAAAAGUUCACAGCGCUUUAGAGCUUUUGCCUUUCAUAGCAUACUGCGUUGAGUGUACGUAGUAUGAUAGUUUGUUUCACUCUUCCGCUAACUUUUGGACAGAAGCUGUGAAAUACAGCCUGAAGUAUGUCAGCUAGGCACCAUGCGGCCUUUGAGGGUCUCCACGUGAAACUACUAUAAACAAACUACCCUACAGUAAAUCCUACAAGUUUACCGCGUAAGUUAUAUACAAGUUUCAAAUUCGUUAACAUUCUCAACCACAUCAGAAAAGUAGAAUUCCAUUCGAAACGAUUGUUUAACGCCAAUGAGAACUAAACCAAAUAAAAUAAAUACCUAUUAUUCCAUUGCUAGACAGA